AUUAGGCUCAAACACGCGAAUACCAGAGUAGGGAUCAGAUCAGCAGACAACAGACACAGAGUUCAAGAAGCAGGCGGACAGCAGGCAACCAUAAAGCGAGUCGCCGAGGAGCAUCCACAGUUUUAUUUACUAUAAAAUCCAAGAGAAAGAGUCUUUUCUGAAGACAUGCAGACACAACAUGCGAUACUUGGAGCCGCCGUGCUGGGCAUGCUUCUGGCCUUUGGCUGCACGCUGCCCGUGCUGGAUGUUAGCUCGGGAAUAGACAAUGACACCAUCGAACAGCUGCAGGCCAGCGUCAAUGAUACCCCCAAGAAUCUUUAUGUAGUCAAGGCGGUCGUCUAUGAGAUUGGCAUUCUCACCGAGGUGGGCGACAAUGAGACGGACUUUGAGAGCCAGGAGCGUGUGGAUCUAACGUUCUACGAUGCCCACACCAAUCAGAGUCACAUCGAUCUGGGCAACAUUCCACUGCCCAUACAGACGAAUGUUACCGGCCAAGUUUUGACGGGCAUUGCCCCAGUUAACAUUGGUGCCUUUAGCAGUCCACAGGAGCUGCUGCAGACGUUGCCACUCACUGGCAGCAUUGUCAACAUAACGCACAGUGAUACCGCCUUCUAUCAGCUGACCAAGUCCAAUACAAGCGCCUUCGAGAAACCUCAACUGCUCAGCGAGGAUGCGUUAGCCAAAUUGACACAUGCCGCACAACUCUUCCCAUCAUCAGGGCCUUUAAGUGGCUUUGGCGCCUCCGCUGCGUCCAAUGAACUGGACUCGGAAUCUGACUCCAACUAGAAAACUUACCCAAAAUUAAUCGAAUUGAAAAUUAUAAACGUAAUGCAGUGCGUUGUGCUCCACAUAAUACUAUAAUUAAGCAUAGUUAACCUAGCUUUAAGUAGAACAGUAAAAGACUGGAUGAGGACGAGAUCGUUAGAACCAUAGAAAAGGCUAGAAAACACACAUUGACAUUGCCAUGGUCACAAUAUAAUCACAAGGUUAAAAUUUCGCUUUUUGUAUUGUAAAAAAAAAAAAAAUAUGAAAUAAAAAUCACAUUAGUACUAAGUAAAUGCAA